AUGGCGAAAGCAACAGUAUCAACUUUACCUGGUCGCUCUCGGUUCUUCGAUCUUAUGCAUGAAACUGGUGAUAACUUAUCACUAGUUAAAGGCUAUCAACAAUUGACACAACCUUUGCUUGAAGAAGCAAUCAUUCAUAUACAACAACAUAAAGCAUUCAAUAUCGAUGCUCACAUCCAAAACAAAGUUUCUUUAGCUAAAAAGGUACGUUCAGAAGGAAACGAUAUUAAUAAUCUUACCGUUGAUGAAAGUGCAGCGAUUCAACUUUAUACAAUGGAGUCAAAGACAGAACGAGAAAGUCUUUUUUAUGUACUGAACUCUACACUUCGUCUAGCGGAUCGUAGUGAAUUAAAACCAAUCUUGCUCUACUUAAGACUUUUAAUUGGAGCGUUAGAAAAAUUACCAUCGUUCAACGGCCUCAUCUAUCGCGGUGUGAAUGGUAAUAUUUCAAGUAACUUCGUAAAAGGCAAAAAACUAACUUGGUGGGGUUUUAGUUCCUGUACACGUUUACUCGAUGUGUUAAGCAAAGAAGAGUUUCUCGGAAAAAGUACUCAAAGAACACUUUUCUAUAUUGAAUGCAUUAACGGCAAAUUGAUUCAAAAUUAUUCAUAUUCUUCGCCGGCUGAUGAAGAAGUUCUUCUACUGCCUGGCACUGAGUUUCUGAUUACGGGGAAAAAACGAGCAAAUCGCGGUGUGACUAUUGUUCAUCUCAGAGAGAUUCCAGCACGAAGUCGUACACUGGAUGACAUCGAAACUGUUGAUGUUAAUGAAAUGACACCGCCAGAAGAAGUCGAUUUUCGAAUCGAAGCAAAAGAAAAGAUAUGUGGACACGACUGCAAUCUAUGGGCAACAAUACGCUGUUGCAACUGUUCAGGUUUGUGUUUGUGA